UUAAGCUUACUCUUUGUAAUCGAGGGUCUAUCUCGUCAGGAAGCCAGGACGUUUGCUUUAUUGCUUCGCAUCGUCCGCAGGUGCUUAUCUGUUGCAGAGGAACGGCAUCGAAAGUGUAGUUCUUUGUGUUAUCGUUCAUUUUCGAAGAUGAGGACGUCUUUUCUUUUACAACCGUUUUGAACGUUCCAUUGUGAUUCGAGCAUGUUGUGAAUUCGUACUGACUCAAGAAUGUUCUUCGAGCAAGUUGUGAAUCGUACUGACUCAGGUGUUCUGACCACGUUAUCGGAAUUUGGAGGCAGCGAGCGACGGAGACGGCCGUUUCCUCUCGCGGAUCUUUUCGUAUCGGGAACGCGUGGCUCCCUUUCGCCAAUUCCGCGUCGAAACACCGGCAGCAAAGCUUGGCGAAACUGCGACAAUGGAAAUACUGUCGCGACGAUCGAUUUUACCCGGCCGACAGCAACGGCAGCGGCGAGAGAGCAAGAGGAAGAGGGAAAGGGAGAAGGGACUCGACCGGUGCGCGACAUUCAGCCGGCUAAUUUCGAGACAAUGGGGCCAUCGGCAGCUUUUAUUUCGCCCGUAAGGUGUCGCAGCGAUUCGAGCUUCUCGACAUCAUACGACGUCCACGUAAGGAACGAAUUCUUGGCUGAUCAGAUAACAGGAUCUCCGAACGCGACGGGAUUACCAGUUUUCCGGCGACAAUGUAACCCGUCCCGUGGAUACGGCUAAACGGGCUUAAGGGAUUAAUCUUUAGUAGUCAAUUUAGUAGCUGGCAGAAGUUGGAUAAAGUCCGGCGCACGCAGGCUGCUCGAGCCGACGCCGCAGGAGUCGCGAGGACCGGCUCCGUGUUACCUAAGCUAACAAUAAUUUAAUCACGUUCAAUAGCGGCCGCGAUUGUUGCAUCGAGAUUAGAAUUGAAGGACGACUUAAUUCGUGCGACGUCUGCAGACCGCUAUCAACGUUCCCGGGGAAUUAACAUCUCCGUACCGCGGUGAGGGUGCACCUAAUCACUGAUCACCCUAGGAAGAAUCUUAAGAGGAUUUAGGGGCUGUGAAAACGGGACAUCAUCCAAUUUGGUGCGCGAUCGUUGAGACAUCAGAAUAGUAAGACAAAUCAGAAUUGCAGUCUUUCCGAUUUUUGUUCUCUGUGGAGACCGUGGAUUUUUGUAUUUUUUACGAAAUUGAGUAUGUACCAGUUAACACGAAAGGAAGAUUACCAGAAUUUGAAAAUAAAUUAAUGGAAGAGAAUUUUCAAGGA